AUGAUGUUCAAUAAAAGUAGGCUGUAAGUAGUAAAAGAGGCCACUUAAAAAUAGAGCCAAAUAGUGCAGGUCACUGUGGUCCCAUGAGGCCAGAGUGAGGCUGGGCCAUCAUUCUGUUGACUGCAGACUGACAUCCAAUCAGCUGAGGGCGGAUGGGAUUGGAUGAGCAAUCAACGUGUUCCUGUGCUCUCAUCCUUGGAUACCUUGAGCAGGCUUCCCCCUCAGGCUGUCUGCGGUUUUAGUGCGGGCCUGCACCUUGUUCCGUUUAUGUCGUGUUUUCAUCGGUGAUGGAAAACAACCGCUGCUUUGCCAACCGCUUCUCCGACUACAAAGGUGCGCUCCUCCCGGGCCAGAGCGCCGAGGCCAUCGUUCCUGCCGUGGCCGCCACCGUGGACAAAAUCGUCAAGAAGGUUCCGCUCGACAUCAGCGACUGCGACGGAGGGCUGUACGAUGGUCCGGCAGGGGUGGCUUACAUGCUGUAUCAUGUCAGCGAGUGUCCCCUGUUCUCCGAGCACCGGGACGCGUACCUGAAGACGGCCAAGCAGAUCAUAGACGUGUCGGUCAGAUACGUGGACGCGGAGCCGGACAAGAACAUGCGCGCCGCCUUUCUGCUCGGCGGGGCGGGCAUCUACGCCGUGGCAUCUAUGAUCUAUAAAUCCAUGGGCUUGGCUGAUUUUGUUAAGCCGCUGACCAAAUUUCGUAACCUGUGGGAGGUGUGUGCGCCCAUCAAUUUUCUGGAGUGCGGCUCGGAUGAGCUGUUUGUGGGGAGGGCUGGAUACCUGUGCGCGGCUCUGGUCCUCAAACAGAAGCUGGGCAUAGAGAUUCUGAGCAAAGAUCAAAUCAAAUCAAUUUGCCAGGCUAUCAUCGAAUCAGGAAAACAGUAUGCCAGAAGGAAGAGAAAGCCUUUUCCCCUCAUGUACUCGUAUUAUGGAACAGAGUACCUUGGUGCCGCCCACGGCCUUUCAUCGGUGCUGCAGAUGCUGCUGAGCUACCAGGACAUGCUCAGCGGGGCUGAGAAGGACCUGGUGUGGCAGAGUGUGGAUUUUCUCAUGAAUCAAGAGCAGAACUGCAACUGGCCUGCAGAGCUGGGCGCCAUCAUUGAGAGAGAGAAUGAACUGGUGCACUGGUGCCAUGGAGCCCCGGGUGUGGCAUAUCUUUUUGCAAAAGCCUACUUGAUCAACAAGAAGCCCCAGUACCUGGACACAUGUAUUCGCAGUGGGGAGCUGGUUUGGCAGAAGGGUCUGCUGAAGAAGGGACCUGGCAUCUGUCAUGGAGUUGCGGGCAGUGCUUAUGUCUUCCUCCUGCUUUAUCGUCUCACAGGCAACUCUAAAUACAUCUACCGUGCUCAGAGGUUUGCAGAGUUCAUUUUCACGGAGGAGUUUAAAGCAGGCUCGCGCUCAGUGACCAGUGUCUACAGUCUGUUUGAAGGCCUGUCAGGGACCAUUUGCUUCAUGGUCGACCUCCUGCAGCCGGAUCAGUCAGAGUUCCCACUGUUUAGUGUCUUUGUGUGAAUUUACCCACGUUUCUGCUGUUUACUCAUCUGAACAGACAUCACUCCUUCCCUCUGAAACCUCUCCAGAGCUGGAUUGGCAAAGACGUAAUAAUUAAAAACCUAGAUUUAAACUGUGAUCACAAUAAGAAAAGAGGGAUGGAUGGUGUUUGUUUAGGUUUUAGGGAAAAAAUACACAUUUGAGUCCAGUUGCAGUAGAAAGUGGUCUUGUUCUGUGUCUGUUAUAAAAGUGCAGCUUCCAGGCUUUACCAGAGUCAUUCCACUUACUGUAAUAUUGUCCAUUUCAAUUUACAGUGUAGUUAUUUGCACUAAAUUCCUUCUGUUGGGAGUUUUGGAAGUGCUACUGAUAGUAUGGUGAGAGAAAAUUGCAGAUUACUCUACCUAGGUGAUGCUCUCAGGUCAGAAACACUCCUGCACAUUCAACAUCAACAGCUAAAUUAAACGGCAAUCACACCAAGUCCUACGACAAAAAAUAGAGAAAAGGAAAACAAGUGUCACAUAAUGCCUUUAAAUUUUUUCUACCACUUCACCAGCUCUGCAUCACAUACAGCCUGUAAGUCCAAUCACAGUUAAUGUAUUUAGGCAGGUUGAUUGAUGAAAUUACUGUUGUCAGUUUAAUAUAUAGUUAACAAUUGUAUAAGAUAUGUUGACAACUGUUGAGGGAUUUUCAUAC